AUGGACAGCAGUCAGGAACUAUCUCCUUCACCAUCUACAUCGUCGAAGGGUUUCAAAGGCGCUCUUGUAAAAGCUAGGAAUAACCUCAAGAAUGAUACAGCCGUGAGAUCAAGCAGUCAAGGCGACUAUGACGGCGAGCGUGGCGGUGUUCGCAAUUCGGUCGACUCCCUCAUAGACCGCGCCCGUAACAGCCGGGUCUCGAGCGUGGACGAUGGAUUACCCUCCGGACCAAGCAAUCUCUCCAAACUUGUUCCAGGCCGAACGAAGAAGAAGCAGAAGAGGCUGGACGAAGCUAAACAAGCAUUGAAAGAAGCAGAAGGAGACCGAGGUCGGAGCGCUGAUGAUCAGACAGCCACCGCUGCCAUUCCCCAGCAGGCUACGGAGAACAGGAGCCGGAGUACGCUCGGAGAAGGGGAAGGUAGUCUUUCGAUAAACGACUCAGAUCCAGAAUCCCCUGAGGACUCAAGACCCUUCUUAGCGACUCACAAUUCUCAUAUCGGAUAUUUGACCUCGACCUCUCCUUUAAUCAAGACCACGAAUACGGAGGGAUUGCCAGAAGAGCAAACAGGUGACAGCCUGGAUUUCCAGAACCCGCAGUAUCAAAAAUCAAAUACACUGCCUCCAAGCACAAACGAUAGCACCGCUUCCCUGAACCUGACACCACAGCAUGCUGCUACCUUUAGUACGCGAAGAGGAUCAUCCCCCGGUGGUAGCCGGAGUCGAGGCGUAUCCCCAGGAGCUAGGAUCAAAGAUGUGCUUACAUUAGGGUCUCGAAAAAAAGACGGCAGCCCGCCGAAGAGUCCUGGAAAGAAUCCGCAGGCUUCUCUUUCUAAUCUCUCACUGGGUGACCAAGUCAGAAGAAAGUUCAAGCCGAAAAGCGUGGACAUGGGUCAGGCAUCCGAAGCAUCUGACGGUGUCCCAUCAAUAAGUGUUUUGGAUGCCAAUGCGAGUGAAAAGCAUCUUCCCAAAGUCGAUACACAUCCUAGCACGCCCACAAGUGCAGGACUGCAGGCACCAGAAACCCUUGUCACACCGCCUACUCCGGAAGAUCAGCGGCGCAAUUUGCCAGACAGUCCAACUAAACAAUCGCGCCCUUCAUCGGCAUCAGCUGUCGGCUCUAAUAUCGUUGUUUCUCCUUCUGGGAACAUGAUUUCGCACCGACGCAUCAGAUCCGACACAGGCUCCACGAUCCCUAGUAAACUUUCUCAAGCAAUGCCUCCACCAAUGACACCUAUGCCUGAAGAAUCAAGAACACCUGGAGGGACUGCUCGGACAACAUCGCAGAGCUCCGCAAGCAUUGGAUUCUUUUCUUCUGUCUUUUCGGCAGCUCAGAACAUGACUAGUACGCUGACCAACACAAUCGGCAAUCCAACCCGUUCAAGAAGUUCAACAGAAACCAAUGAAGAAGGCAACGCUCCAUUUCUUCCAGAGCAAAUGUCAUCUGUGCCUAAGGAAAACGAUGAAAAGGUGAAGCACGAAGUGAAACCUCUCGCAAUACACACAUUGGGCUCGGGAGACCUCAGUCUUAGCCAUCUCGGCUUUGGAACAGAAUCUCCUGCUAACGCUAAUGCGCCCAAUGGUGCUGCUUUCAAUGGUGAGAAUGAACAUCCUGACAUUCUCGUUCAGCAAGACGAAGCAGCAUCAAGAGUAGAUGACGCGUCAGCUGCACGAGCGGUAUCUGCGGCUUACACUGAAAAGUCGCUAGGAGAAACACCCGUGGCGGAGGAUGUAUCUUCGAUCAGGCGAGUGAAGCCAGCCUAUGCAGCGAGCAUUGAGACUGGCGAGAAAACUCCACCUACAGGAAGCAUCUUCGAAGGAAAUGAUUCCAUACGUCGCAGUGGAAGUGUAAGAAGUCGAGUCGGUAGUCGUGUUCGAAAGCAUCGUAAUAGCUCUUCGGCGACAGGCAAUACUAUUAGUACCGCCGCUCUUGCAGGCGCAGCACUUGGAAAUUCGGCUGGGGCCAAACCAGGAGGCUUCACUGUUGCCAGCAAGAAGAGAAACAGGGAGUUUCAUCAAUCAUUCCGCAGUGUCCCAGAGGAUGAUUACUUGAUCGAAGAUUAUAGCUGUGCUUUGCAACGCGAGAUUAUCUUGGCUGGCAGGAUAUAUAUAUCUGAAGGCCAUAUCUGUUUCUUCAGCAACAUACUCGGAUGGGUAACCACCUUGGUCAUCAGCUUCAGUGAGGUUGUAUCGAUGGAGAAAGAGUACACCGCGGUGGUCUUUCCCAAUGCCAUUGCCAUACAGACAUUGCAUGCACGACAUACAUUUCGAAGCUUGUUGAGUAGAGAAGCCACGUAUGAGCUACUGAUCGGCAUCUGGAAGCUAUCUCACCCCAAUCUGAAGAGUUCUGUGAAUGGUGCUCGGCUAGAUUCAGGGACUGGUGACAAGACUGAGAAAGUUGAUCCAAGUGGUAGCGAUGAAGUCAGUGAGGCUACAGACGAGCUGGAAGACUUGGACGAAGAAGAUCAGGAGGAAGAGGAAGAGGAAGGCACUGGAAGUCUCACAGAGAAUGGUGGCGGAAGUCUGGCGGGGAGCCUCGGCGACGAUAAAGCGGCUACACGAAAAGCCUCUGCUAUGGGCAUCGCCGCUGGUGCUGCCGCUGUUCCUGGGCCGACUGCGAGUGAGCCAAAGGCUGCGGCUGGUGCUGCGGCUGCUAGCGCCGCAAGUACCGACUUCCCUGGUCCAGCAACCCAUGCAGUCACGGAAUGCCCAGAUCAAGCAAGUCAUUAUGACAAAGCCCUGGCGGAUGAGAUCAUUCAGGCGCCUCUCGGUAAGGUCUACUCGAUGACUUUCGGCGCCGCUUCGGGAGGCUUCAUGUCAAAAUGGCUUGUGGAUGACAUGAAAUGCACUGAUCUUCAAUUUGAACAUGAUGGCAAGGGGUUGACAGACGAGACGAAGUCGCGCUCAAUGUCGUAUAUCAAACCAUUGUAUGCCCCCAUAGGGCCGAAAUCCACCAAAUGUCUUGUCACGGAAAGUUUAGACUUCAUGGAUUUGGAGAAAGCCGUUUCUGUGACAGCCUCAACCCAGACGCCUGACGUUCCAAGUGGUAAUGUCUUUGUGACCAAGACCCACUUCUGCUUCAUGUGGGCCCCUGGCAACGCCACUCGUGUCAUCAUGAAUUACACGAUCGAAUGGACGGGCAAGAGCUGGCUGAAGGGUCCUAUCGAGAAAGGCGCAACUGAUGGACAAACGACCUACUGCAACGACCUCGUCAAGGGCCUCAGAGCAGGCGUCUCCGCUAAGGCCCAGCGUACGACUACGGGCUUGACCAAAAAGACUAAGGGCGGCAAGAAACGUCUACGGUCCGCAUCUUCAACGUCUAAAACGGCCACCAUUGGGCCUUCUACUGCUUCGAAGCCAAUUCUACAGUCUUCAUGGGGCCCAUUGGAACCAAUACGGCCUAUACUCAGCCCUGUCACUGACAUCCUCGCUCCGCUUAUUACCUCAAAUGUUGUCAUCGCGUUUCUACUGAUCAUUAUGUUGUUCAACUACCUUCGCUCUCCUAAACAGUCUCAGCUUGGCUAUCCAAGUACCUUACAACGCUCCGCUGAUCGCGUUGCGGCGUUCGAGGAAUUGUGGAGGCGAGAGGAAAGUGAUCUGUGGGACUGGCUUGAUGCUCGAGUUGGUGGUGUACAAGGCAACUUCAAUGAAAGGGAGCAAGGACGACGAGCAGGGAGGCAAAAGCCCCUAAAGGACAAGAAGAUGGGUGAUCGGGAGAUGCAGGAGGCAAUUCGAGUCACUGAAGAGAAAUUGAGCUUACUUAAGAGAAGCAUGGAUGAUGGAGGGGGCGAGGCCGUAAGUGAAAAGGGGGGGAUAAUGAUCCAGAGUAAGCUUGGUUUUCGGGGACUGGUUGGGACUGUUUGGGAUAAAGCAUAUUCUUGUUUAGCGUUUUAG